AUGGCUUUCAAAGUUAUGCUUCUGCUUGCUACUAUUCUCUUAGUUACUGCAAGGGUUUCCUCAGAUGAUCAUCCAGAGAAAAACGCAAAGUUUUGGGGGCUAUUUCCUUGGGAGGAUUGGGAUGAUGAACCACCAUUCAAUAUCCCAAUCCCAAUACCGACACAAUCUCCACCACCGCCACGAUCUCCACCACCGUCACCACCUCCAGCCAAAGCACCGGCUCCUGUGAAGGCACCGGCUCCAGUUCCACCUCCAGCGAAAGCACCUGCACCAGCUCCUGUGUACCCACCACCUUCGGCUCCGACUCGGAAAAAGGACGGCGAUGAUUCCUCUUUCCCAGGAGGAGGCGUUAUUCCACCGUUCGUUCCCGUUCCACCGGUCUUCCCAACUGUACCGCCUGUUCCAAUAUCGGGCGGCGGAACCCGGAGCCCGAGCACAGAACCGUCACCCCCACCCGACACCAAAACUCCAAACAACUCCCGUCAAUGCACGUGCGCUCCUCCAGUUCCAGUAGUGAAGAACCCUAACCCUAAUCCUCAGAUCAAGGCCCCGCCUGCUCCACCCUCUCCCAUCACGUCCCCAUCCACUCCACCAUCUCCUCCGCUGAAGGCCUCGCCUCGACCUCCACCAUCACCACUUCCCAAAAGGGCAACGCCGCCUUCACCUCCGAAGAAUAAGGCGCCACCACCUCCAAAGAAGAAGGCACCGCCUCCACCACCACCGUCGGACGAGCAGGAGGGCGCACCGGAGGAGGCACCAGCUCCCUCGCCAAGACAUCUGGGGAAAGCACCACCUCCAAUACCUCUAGCGAAAGCACCGCUGCCGCCUCCACCUCCGAAGAUUAAGGCGGCACCAGCUCCCUCCUCAAAACCUUGUCCGAAAGCACCGCCUUCGAAACCUCUGGUGGACGCACCUGCUCCGAAUCCUAAUCUGGUGCCCAAAGCACCCGCUCCGAGGCCUAAUUGGGUGCCCAAAGUACCAGCUGCACAACCUCCACAAAAAGGACCGGCUCGGAGACCUAAUGGGGGAUGGAGAGCACCUGCUCCAAAACCGGAUCGGUUGCGAAAAGCACCCGCCCCAGAACCGUUCGUGAAUGAACCGGCUCCGAUAUUGCUACGCUGA